AUGCGCGAUCAAUCGAUCACGACGAUCAAUGACAACGACGAUCAUUUGGUUCACAUGCCGACAUGGCGAGGCUCCGUUUACAAGCUAAUCUGGCGGGAACUGUUGGCCUAUCUGUUCGUCUACUACCUCAUCAAUUUUACAUAUCGAUACGGGCUGAACGAGCAGCAGCGGGUAAUCUUUGAAAAGAUCAGAUACUAUUUUGGGAACUCUAGCGACUCAAUACCAAUGUCGUUUGUGCUGGGAUUCUACGUGAGUCUGGUCGUGAAGCGAUGGUGGGAACAAUAUAAGUUACUACCCUGGCCGGACAACUUGGCUCUCUUUAUCAGCGCAGCCAUUCCUGGUAACGACGAGAGAGGCAGACUGAUGAGGAGGAACAUCGUAAGAUAUGCAGUGCUUGCGUACGUCAUUACGCUUCAGAGGAUUUCAUUGCGCGUUAAGAGACGAUUUCCGACACUUCAGCACAUCGUAGACGUUGGCCUGAUGAUGGAGUCGGAGAAGAAGAUCUUCGAGAUGAUGAACAAGAAGGCGGCCAUGUCGAAGUACUGGAUGCCUCUGGUCUGGGCGACCAACAUCAUCAACCGGGCGAGGAGGGAAGCCCUGAUAACCAGCGACCAAGUAGUGCAAACCCUCCUGGUCGAGCUUAGCGACAUCCGGAAGAGGCUUGGCGCGCUCAUUGGUUACGACACUGUUUGCGUUCCUCUCGUUUACACUCAGGUAGUCACGCUAUCGCUGUACGCGUAUUUCUUCUCCGCCUUACUCGGCAGACAAUUUAUCGAGCGCACCGACGUCGGAGGCGGAAAAUACGAGGAGCCAGACAUGUAUUUCCCAUUUUUCACAGCCCUGCAGUUCUGCUUUUACGUGGGAUGGCUGAAAGUAGCCGAGGUAUUGAUCAAUCCUUUUGGCGAGGACGACGACGACAUCGAGUUAAACUGGCUGAUCGAUCGUCACAUCAAGGCUGGAUACAUGAUCGUGGACGAAAUGCACGAGGAGCACCCAGAACUGUUGAAAGACCAAUAUUGGGACGAGGUCGUGCCGAAAGAUCUGCCGUACACGGUGGCCAGCGAGCAGUAUCGUCGAGAGGAGCCGAAAGGCUCGGCCGAGCAUUAUAAGGUCAAAGACAGCGACGCCCUGUACGCGAACGUAAUGCUGGGCACACAGAUCCACAAUCACGUCCAACAUCGCAAGACCCACCAGGAUGACAUGUACGCCGAUUACGAGAGCGUGGACACACCGUUGGUCGAGCGAAGGAAAAAUUGGCUGCAACGGCAAAUAACUAGAAUGGGCUCGGUGCGUAGCUCUUCGACCACUUACAGCAGCGGUGGCGGUUUUUUCUCCAGAAAUCGCCACAACAGCGUUUACAGCAGCCCUGAGACCGGCGGCAUGCCGCAAACGAACAAUCCGAACCUCAAGAUGUCACUUUACGACAGGCUGGUGGGACGGAAGAGCAUCCGGAGUCAAAGAAUGGGUCGACAAGGUACCAUGACGAAGCUGAACUCGGUGCCGGUCUCUCUGAAGAAUCGACCCCGCAUACCGACGCCAGACGUGACGAAAGAAGUGGUCGACCGUGAGCAGAGAUUAGCUCUAUCGGCGACGAACACGGCGAACAUCGGAGCAGGUGUCGUGGGUGUGAUACCGGCCAACGGCCAUUAUCCGACCGAUUUGCCCGUUGUGCAGGUGGUGCUUUCGCCCAUUCAAGAAACGGAGGGGACACCCGUGUCCGGAAAGUCCGGAGCGGCAGCGUUAGCGCAAGCUGUCCUCUCCCCUACGUUGACUAGCGCUGGUCUCGUCGCCCCCGUCACUCUGACACCGGUCACGAUGUCGCAGUUGUCGCAGCUGGGCCUGGUGACGACCACGUCUGCGUCCAUGAUCAAACCUACGUUGAGUCAAAUCAACAACAUUUCGAAUCAGGUCACCUUGACCGAGGUGAACAGCGCCGAGGAAGAGGGGUCGAGCAGCAGAGACAGCAGGAGCGGUAGCAUCACAGGACAGGAGGAACGCUCGACGCCGUUGAUAAGCCAAGGCAGAAGCACUCCACUGAUAGGAGAGACGUCGAGCUCGAUGGGCAGUAACGGUAAUUCGCCGACUUUCGACAGCUACAACGAUCGCUCUCCGAUCCUCAUGAAGCCCGAGAAAUUGAGUUACGUGAUUACCACGGUUACCACUCAAGAUGGCAGGACAGCGCCACGUGGCAGGCGAUCGGCCUCGCUGCCAGGGCCGCCGGUCGUGCAAUGCCGAGAGGACAGAAGCAUGUCGCUGCCACAGUCGCCGGGUCUUCAACCGAGGGAGAAUCGCGCGGCCUCGGUGUCGAAUGGCCACGAACCUCCGAACAUAGACAGGCUGAUAGCGCGCGACAAGGAAGUCGCUCGACCGAGGACCAACAGCAUCGAUCACGAUCUCUGUAGGCCGAGUCAUCGUGUCCAAGACACUUCGAGGAAGAUGAGCAGCGUGUCUUGUACGAACGCGUCGCUGUCCAACAGCCUGGGCACGACACCCACUACCGCGACCACCAUAAUGCCGGUGACCACUCCAGUUGCCGGCAGCAAGAGGGGAGAGGUGUACGUUUGACUUGACGAUCCAGGGACAACGUGGUAAAUUUUUACUCGCGGGCGACUCAACCUGCGUUGCACUUGCCUGAAAUCCGACUCCGUCCGUUGUAGCGACGAUUUGAUAGCGCGUGUUUCAUGCGUGCGGCGAGAGUAGGAUGCAAUUCUCACGUAACGAGCGUGAAGCGAUAAUAGAGCGUUUUUUUUUUUUUUUUUCUUAUCGAUCGAGCCGCAGGGGCCGAGAAACGCUUCGAUGUAAAUACGAUGCUUAAUUUAUGAACAUAAUUUCCGAUCGACGAGAUAGCUAAUUAUCGACAGAGAAUUGACACUGAGAAUAUCGAGCCACUACCUACACGGUGUCAACGACUGUUUGACGAUCGAAGAAUCGUGGAGAUAACAGCGAUGCAAUCGAGUUCGUCGAUUUCUACAUGUAGGUAUCGCGAGAGCGUUUCUCUUUCUUUUAUCGUACGUGCAAUAACUUGGAGGUUAGCGAGAUGACGAUGCGCAAUCGACAUUUACGAAAGCACGUUCUCGUUUCCUUUAGGAGGAAAACCGUAUUGUCCGCGCGACACGUGGAAGAAAGUAGUAGGUAUCACUAACACGUGACUUUUCUUUGCAUCGUAACGACGAACGCAGGGUUAAAUUUCAAUCUUAUGUUUCCGCUUCUUCUCCUUCUUUUUUUUCUUAUUUCCGGGAGUACAUACGCUGAGAGGACAAGAAGUUAGGUUACGCUUGUAAAUAUAUAGCCUCGUCGUUUUUUCGACUCUUAGCGUGUGAGAUCUUCUCAUUCGUGUGAAUCGACUGUGUACUUGUCCGAUGUGAUUCGACAAUCUGGAAAUUCGACAUUGUUAAUCUGUUAUUAAUCCGCGACAAGACACGAAGCGCCACGAUGGGUCAGGCUCCAGUUGCGAGCUGAAAAAUGACGAGUGCGUACACGUGUAUGCACGUGCACGAACACGCAACGUUUGCCAUAUUUGCCAUACUCGGAGACAUUUUGCGUAAAGCAAAGAAAGAAACUGCGUGCGGCUGAAAUUGCGAAUCUUCGAUCGGUGCGAUUGAAAGUUGCGCAAUGUUUUGCACGAUGCUCGACGAUAUCGUCGAUACUGCACCACUUAUUAUUCCACACGUGUAAAUGUUAGGAGACAUUAAGUUAGUUUUUAUCGAUACGGGGGCACGCUCGUGAAUCCCGUGCGCGCGAAGAGCAAAUGCAAGCUGUGCUACUCGACGAACAAACUCGACUCAGAGGAGAGCGAAUUAAUCGGAUAUUCUCGAUUUUGUUGCUUUCUCACUAAUGCAAAAAGAUGUGCUUGCUUUUUGUUUGACCGCGUAUUCGGUCGCGCGUUUCUCUCACAGGCGCUCGACAGCUCAAGUCUUUUUUUAUAACAAAUACGACGUUGAUAUGUACGUUAUAGAUCGCUUAACUAUAAGUAACGAACGAUUCGAUGCAUAUGAAGAAUCAAACUUGGCGACUGUGCCAACGAACGUGUGUACAUAGUAGAGGUUAUUAAGUUGAGGUUACUUGGUGUAUGAGAUUAUGAACGUAUGCUCAAUGGCAAUGCACGACUCACGAUACUUACAUUGGACAGAUACUUGAUCGACAACGCGAGCCCGAGCAUCGUCUUUGUUGAACCUCGUCGGUGAGUGCAGAGUAUGUAAAUACGGGCAUAUUUCUAAUCGACUUGUUAUUCCAUUUAUUUCUUCUCCUCCCCUUUGCCCCCUUUUUUCCCUGCGGUAUUGUAAUUUAAGCAAACUUGAUUCCUGAUCGAAUUCAGCGGAUUUAAAGAUUAAUUCAACGUCGAUGACGUUACACGAAUCUCGUUAGCCGAGAUGGUUGUCAGGUAACGACAACCUCGAUUUUAAUUAAUCGCGUAACGCACGAGAUUACCCAGAUUAGUUUCUGUUAAGAUACAAACGUAUUUGUGUCGAAGGGAAAUUCUCUCGACCGAGACAAUAGUUUGUUUCGUUCAGGGUUCCAAUAGGAUUGGAACAUGUUUCGUCAUACAAAUAAAAGAAAAGUAUUUUGAGGAUUUGUCGGUAUUCUCGAGCCGUCAGUACCGUCAUGAACUUCGAACAAAUAAUGGCGUAUCCGAAUUUGUAGAUAUUUAACAGAUCGUGUUUGUAUAUAUUAUAGGUUAUACGUCUCGUUUUCGUUAUGGCAUCUCUCCGAUCUGAGACUUCCUUUAGGUAAAGAAUUGUUUCACGGUGCCCGAGUCGUGAUGUAAACGAACCACAUGUGUAAGAAUAUUCUUAUUAUCUAUAUUCUGCAAUAAAAAUAAACGUUUCUAAAAAGCA